CUCCUACAGUAAAUAUUUGUGUUUGCUCAACCGGCUGUAAUGGUGGAUGAGUGAGGUAGAGUGAGACGGAACACAACAAAAGAGAGAAGAUAGAGGAGAAAUAAGCCCAGAACGACGGAAAGUCUGCCUCAGAAGCCAGCUGCGGCGAGUUUUUUAAGCAGGAAACGGACGCGCAUCGGUGGAAAAAUGGAUGAACUCAAACACCAAGUCAUGAUUAACCAGUUCGUCCUGACGGCGGGUUGUGCGGCAGACCAAGCGAAACAGCUCCUGCAAGCGGCACAUUGGCAGUUUGAGACUGCCCUCAGUGCCUUUUUUCAAGAAACAAAUAUUCCAUAUGGCCAUCAUCAUCAAAUGAUGUGCACCCCAGCCAACACACCAGCGACGCCCCCCAACUUCCCCGACGCGUUGACCAUGUUCUCCCGGCUGAAAGCCUCCGAAAGCUUCAACAGCAGCGCCGGCAGCCCAAUGAACGCCUCCAUGGCCACCUCGCCUCCUCCCUCACAGGCGGGCGGCUGGGGAUUCUCACCAAAUGUACCUAACGUGCCGCAACCUCAGCAGGGACUCUGGACUCAGGGGCAGCCCCCCACGCAGCCCUGCCCCCCCUGGCCCAUGGGUGUCAACCCACAUGCGGGCGCCGAGCAGAAGGCUAGUGUAGCGAUGGAGGCGGAGAGAUGAAGGGCCGCACUGGACUGAAACAAAAGCCCCCACCCCUCUUACCUUCUUUAUUGUAGGGGGGGUGAGAAAGGGGUUUUGGGGUGGGAGGCAAUAAAGGAUAGAAAUGGGUUCAGAUGGGAAGAAGUGUGGAAAAAAAACAUCUACGCAAACCAAGAAAAAAACUGAUUUUGGACAAUAAAGAAGACAAAAACCAAUGCAAACGUCAACACAGAAAUAAAGGAAAAAGAUGCGCACACGCAUAGUAAUAAGAGAGCAAACCUUUGUUAGUUUUCCUAAAAGCGAAUCGAAAUAUUGAAGUAAAAAAAAACAAAAAACAAAUAAAAAAAUCAGUAACGUCAUGCCCAAGGAUUCUAUACGAUGUUCAAGGACAUUCAAGGACUUUCAAGGCAGCAAACUUGAGGUUUUUUUUUCUGUUUUUCAGCCAGUGAAUUUUUUUCUUUCUAUUUUUUCUACCCACUGGUGUUCUGUGUUUCUGCGACCGUCUGUGUGCUGCAUGAGGAGAAGAAGAGCGACGCUGUUAGUUUUUUUUUUUUCAAUAAGAUUGAUUCAGAUUUCAUCACCGACUUUUUGAGCAGGACACGUGGGAGCGGUUUGUAAUCAGAUGGAACUCACGGAUAAAUGCGCUAUAUUUUAAUGUAAACACACUCUUCCUAAUUUUGGGUUUAGAGGAAAAAAAAAACGCCUCCACAACCGUCAAGCCCAUCGUCACAUGGUGGGGCCUCUUCUUACCUCGCCUGGUGGUCACCUGACUUCUUUCAGCCAAUCAGGGAUUCUUCUUAAACCAGCUGUUGCCGACGCCGGAUCUGUUUUCGUGAUUUUAAUUUUUUUCUUAAAGGCGACAGCUGCUUCUGGUUUCUUCUAACUGAUCCUCACUGCAGCAGCUUCUCCUGACACCGUUUCAAACCUGGACUACAGGAGGAGCUUUCUGGAGAUUACUGCUAGAAAUCAUUGUUUCAUAUAAUAUUGUUUGUUUUUUGUUUGUCGAAAAGGUUGAGGAAGUAGGCUUUGAAAGCGGGCGGAGAUUUGGGUUGAUCUUUGUUUUGUAAAAGUGAAUCAGUCGCAGCUAAAAUGACUAGAGAUAAAAAAAUGAGACUACUCCAUUUUUUU